AACUGCAGCUUCUGCGUUAGUGUUCAGUCGUUUUUGGUUUAGUUCGUUUAUGUUAUGAUUAUCGCUGUACGUCCUUUUGUUUAUUAGAUAGACUAUCAUUUCGUGUUUGUGUGGGUGUUUUUGUGUAUACAUCUUUUUACUCUUCUCACAACCUAACUGCAACGUUAUCAUAAACAUGAAUUAACAUGAUGGACCAUCUGAUAUUCAUUGUUCAAGAUCAUCUUCAGUACCUUCAAUCGCCGCUUUAAACUCUCAUUUCGGUUACCCAUAGAAAAUAACUCAAUAAAAAAAUGAAGACGUGCUUUUUAUCUUCGAUUAUUUUAUUCAUAUCAAUUUCCCUGAGUUCUGGGUUAUUGGAAGGACCUAAUGUAUGCACCAGACAAGAGACAUACACCAUAACCGUAAGAGUGUCUGAAGAGCAACCUUAUCAAGUGAGAGAGUAUGUAUGGUGUCUCAACUUUCCGCCGAGAUGUUCAAAGUACAAGAUCAAGUUCAAAACGGUGUACAAAAACCAAAAUUUGGUCAAAAGUAGACCAGUCGAAGACUGCUGUAAGGGAUACACCAAAAGCACAUCUGAAGACAGAUGUAUUCCCGUUUGCUCAACAGACUGUGUUCACGGAAUUUGUUCUGCGCCAGACACUUGCCAGUGUGAAACAGGAUAUGGAGGACCCCACUGUGAUGUUUCUUGCCCCCCUGGACUCUGGGGUGUUGAAUGUCAACACCAUUGUGAAUGCCAAAAUAACUCAACUUGCGAUGCCUUCAGCGGAGAAUGCCAUUGUUCCAGAGGUUGGAUAGGGAAACACUGCGAAAAGACUUGCGAUAAGGACCAUUUCGGUCAAGAUUGUUUGGAGACGUGUCGAUGUGAAAAUGGCGACUGUGAUAAUGUGUCCGGAGAAUGCAAAUGCCAUUCUGGAUAUAUGGGACCGUUAUGUGAUGAUUUGUGUCCGAUUGGGAAACAUGGCAGUGAAUGCAAAUCAGAAUGUCGAUGCCAAAACGGUGGCACGUGCGAUCCAGAAAACGGGAAUUGUUUCUGCAAAGACGGAUGGACGGGUCUUGUGUGUGCCAAUAGAUGCCCCUUUGGCUUUUGGGGUGUCAAUUGUUCCCAGCCAUGCGACUGUUACAAUGGUGCCUCGUGUCACCAUAUCAACGGUUCAUGUGAGUGCCAACCUGGGUUUACAGGAGAUAGGUGCCUAGAUGUUUGUCCAGAGGGAACCUUUGGAAUGAACUGCGUAGAAAAAUGUUCCUGUCAAAAUGGUGCCAAAUGUUCGAACAAAAAUGGAACGUGUAUUUGUGCUAAAGGUUGGGGAGGAAAAUACUGCCACAAGCGGGUUUGUCCCGAAGGUCUUUAUGGCCCUAAAUGCGAGCAUAUGUGUCAGUGCAACAGUGAAAACACUGAAAUAUGCCAUCCUUGGACGGGCGAAUGUGAAUGUAAAGCUGGUUGGAAUUCACAAGACUGUUCACGACUUUGUCCACUUCUAACGUACGGCAAAGGUUGUCAUGGUUUAUGCAGCUGUCAAAAUGGCGCCCAGUGUGAUCCUGUUAACGGCACAUGCAUUUGUGCACCAGGCUUCACGGGAGUCAAUUGUGAGAAGAAUUGUGCUGCUGGCAGCUUUGGAGAAGAUUGUGCUCAGGAAUGUGAUUGCAAAAACGGGGCAGUUUGCUCGCCUGAAACAGGUCAGUGCCAAUGCCCAGCUGGCUGGGAAGGCCAGCAAUGUGAUCGUCCUUGCAGCAACAGCUCCUUUGGAGUACAUUGCAAUCAGAAAUGUGUCUGCAAACAUGGUGCGUCUUGUAAUCCUGUUAAUGGCAGUUGUACAUGUGGGGCUGGAUACACUGGUGAAUUCUGUGAAAAUAAAUGCCAGCCGGGCUAUUUUGGAGUGAACUGCGAGCAGGUUUGCCAUUGCCUAGAUGGGCAUAAUUUGGGAUGCGACCAUGUGACUGGGCGAUGUCGCUGUAAACCUGAGUGGAAAGGAGUAAUGUGUGAAUCAAAUUGUCCGGAGGGGAGAUAUGGACCGAACUGUGAUCAAAUUUGCGUUUGCAAAAACAAUAGCUCUUGCGAUCCGGAUACGGGAAAAUGUUAUUGUGCCAGGGGUUGGCAAGGAGAUGAAUGCAAUACACCUUGUAAUAUAGGUUAUUAUGGUAUUGGUUGCAGGCAAAAAUGUCCCGAAGUUUCAUUAGGUAACAAAACUUGUGAUCACGUGACAGGAGAAAUUGUAUGCCCUCCAGGAUAUCUUGGAAUUACUUGCGAACAUCCAUGCCCAAUCGGAAAAUAUGGAAAGAACUGCAUCCAAAACUGUUCUUGCAAAAAUGGAGGAGAUUGUCAUCAUGUUACAGGUGAAUGUCAGUGUUUACCUGGUUGGAUGGGUGGAAAUUGUACAACGCCUUGUCCACCCGGAAGCUUUGGUAUGGGUUGUAGCCAGCAUUGUAAAUGCCUCAAUGGUGGUGAAUGCAGAAGAAAUGAUGGAGUUUGUCGAUGUAAACCUGGGUAUACUGGGACACAAUGUACUGAAUUGUGUCCAGAAGGAUAUUACGGAGACCAUUGCAUGACACCAUGUGAGUGUGAGAAUGAUAACUUCAUCUGUCAUCCUACCGACGGUUGCAUCUGCAAGCAUGGUUUUACUGGUGAAAAAUGUGAUGAAUCCAACAUCCUAGGUAGAGUGCAGACAAAAAUUGAAAAUGCAGAAAGUGGAGUUGGUGUAAUAGUGGCAGUGAUUAUGGUUUCUAUAAUUUUCAUCUCGAUAGUAGUUCUUGUAAUAUUCUACUAUAGACGACGCGUCUCUAACUUGAAGACGGAAAUAGCGCAUGUUCAGUAUAUUGCAGAUCCAACAGGAUUUGGCCCAGAUCGCAAUCAUUUCGAUAAUCCAGUUUAUUCAUAUCAAGGAGGUGCUAAAAGAGACCACGAACAGCUUUUGAAUAAUAACCCGAAAAUCAUCAAUAAUUUACACAAACCAAUGAAUAUCAACUUGGAAAAGUCUCGUCAAUGCGGGAGGGCCUCCUGUUCCACUAAUGAUGAUGACAUGGCAAAAAGCCUCUAUGAACCAAGUGUAGAUGAACUUAGCAGUCUGAAAAACAGAGAAGCUGAUGCUACCAACCCCAACAUCUAUCAUAGUAUUGAGAAAUUGGAUCACGUCUAUGAUGAAAUUAAGCAGAAAGAUGUCAAAGAUAUCGAUGUGGAAUACGAUCAUCUUGACUAUACCAGACCCAUCCAUAAUUUGAAGCCUCACUACCAAAGUAUGGCUAGCCCGUUUGGAUCAAGGGAUUUAACAAAAGACGAUGAAUCCAAUUCCGAAGCAUAAGCAGCGUUAUUCUGUUAGUGUGGCAUUUGAAAUGUAGUGUUUUAUGUGAUAAAGCAGUAAUUUUAUGUAAUUGAGUUUUUACAUAUGCACAUUCAUGUUCUUUGACUUUGGUGUGAUUUGUAAAAACACUUGAACGGAUUAUUUUAUAUAUUAUACAUUGUUGUUUGGGAUUUUCAUGUA